AAUGGCCGACAUGCAGGGCCUGAUGGAGAGACUUGAGCAAGCGGUCAGCCGGCUGGAGCAGCUGUCCGCGGAGUGCCACGGGCCUCCAGGCCACUGUGGCGAAGUCAAUGGCGUCAACGGAGGUGUGGCGCCCUCUGUGGAAGCCUUCGAUAAGCUGAUGAACAGCAUGGUGGCUGAGUUUUUAAAGAACAGCAGGAUCCUGGCGGGGGAUGUGGAGACCCACGCAGAAAUGGUACACAGCGCUUUCCAGGCUCAGCGGGCUUUCCUGGUCCUGGCCUCGCAGUAUCAACAACCACAAGAGAAUGACGUGGCCGCGCUUCUAAAACCCAUAUCAGAGAAAAUUCAAGAGAUCCAGAUGUUCCGGGAGCGAAACCGGGGAAGCGCCAUGUUUAAUCACCUGUCCGCGGUCAGCGAGAGCAUCCCCGCCCUCGGAUGGAUCGCCGUGUCCCCCAAACCCGGUCCUUAUGUCAAGGAGAUGAACGACGCUGCCACCUUUUACACUAACAGGGUCUUAAAGGACUACAAACACAGUGAUUUGCGCCAUGUGGAUUGGGUGAAGUCAUAUCUGAACAUUUGGAGUGAGCUUCAAGCAUACAUCAAGGAGCACCACACCACAGGCCUCACUUGGAGCAAAACAGGUCCGGUCGCAACGACGACAACGUCUGCAUUUUCUGUGCUGUCCUCGGGGCCUGGACUCCCCCCACCUCCUCCACCUCCACCUCCUCCAGGACCACCUCCACUUUUUGAAAAUGAAGGCAGAAAAGAGGAGUCCUCACCAUCACGCUCAGCUUUGUUUGCCCAGCUUAACCAGGGAGAAGCAAUAACAAAAGGGCUGCGGCAUGUCACCGAUGACCAGAAGACGUACAAGAAUCCCAGCCUGCGCGCUCAAGGACAAACUCCGCCUCCAACCAAGAGCCACACCCCGAGCCCUACCUCGCCCAAGUCCCUUCCUGCUCAGAAACACUCUCCAGUGUUUGAGUUAGAAGGAAAGAAGUGGAGAGUGGAGUACCAAGAAGACCGGAAUGACCUGAUGAUUCCAGAGACGGAGCUGAAGCAAGUAGCUUACAUCUUCAAAUGCAGCAAAUCCACUCUCCAGAUGAAAGGGAAAAUAAACUCCAUUACAAUCGACAACUGUAAGAAGUUUGGCCUGGUGUUUGACAAUGUGGUGGGCAUCGUGGAGGUGAUCAACUCCAAAGACAUUCAAAUCCAGGUGAUGGGGAGAGUGCCGACCAUUUCCAUUAAUAAGACAGAGGGUUGCCACAUAUACCUUAGUGAGGAUGCAUUAGACUGUGAGAUCGUGAGCGCCACAUCCUCCGAGAUGAAUAUCCUGGUCCCUCAGGAUGGGGACUAUAGGGAAUUUCCCGUUCCGGAACAGUUCAAGACGUCGUGGGAUGGUUCCAAGUUGGUCACUGAACCUGCCGAAAUUAUGGGCUGAUCCUCAGGGAGAAAGAGCUGCUUCACCUGAAGAUCUACCCCUCUCCCUUGCCCCGCUAAGUGGACGAGCAAAGCAGCAUUCAGGAGCUGGAAGUGGCUGCGGUUUGGGCCUCCGGCGCAGCUCGUGUCUGGCACGCCUUUGUGGGUCUUUUGAAAUUAGCAUUUCUUCCUGGUUUGCGUUUGUGUGUGAUUGUAGUUCCACAUGACGACUGUGAUCACUGAGGGCUUAAUGGAAGCAGAAUUUUGUUCCCACGGGAACUGACAGGCAGAUCUGCAUGAGUCACUUUGACAUCUGCAUUGACUUCCUAGUGGACAAAGAGUGUAUCUGAGGUGUACAUUUCUACCUUUUAGAGAUUUUCAAGAUGACGUAGUUGUAGUCUGCCCUGAAAAACGUAGAGUUGUUUUCUUUAUUUUUAACCAUAUAGUCAGCUUUAUCAGUGCAGAUACGCUUGGCAUGAACACGUUUUAACUCAAUUAAAAAAAAAAAAAAAGACCUAAGAAAGUUUAGAUCUCAAGACCACUUUCACUUUCUUGGUCCUUGAAAGACCCAUACCCUUUACCAUUAUUUAAAAAAAAAAAAACAGAUAUAAUAAAUUCUAGUAUUCAUCCUAUGUAUUUUUCCACCAUGUCACUUGGGAACUCUCACUCUUCUGUUUAAUGAUUCUGAUGAUGCCAAAAGAUACAUGAAAGGAAGUGGUUUCUUUGCUAUAUAAUACCUCGCUAAGGUCAAGCUCACUUUGGGUUCUGUACUUUUUAAACUGUUCAAUAUCAGAUGCCUUGAAAUGAUGCCUUGAAUGUUGCAUUAGAGACUAUUUUUUUUCUUUUGCACUCACCAGACUUGCUAACUAGUCUCAAAAGUGAACACAAAAAAAGCCAUAGGUGUAUUACAUACAAUGAUAAGGAAUUGUAUGUUGUCUUGGCUUUCUGCUCCUCUUUUUAGUCUUGGUAGUACCUGCUGUCUCAACCUAGGAGUAACUAUGGUAUUUUUUUUUGUACCUUUUCAGUACAUAGUGCUGAAGAAUCUACAACUUCUUGGAUCACAUUUAAUAACAUAUAGGAUAAUUAAUGCUUGCGGAAACCAAUACAAGCAUAUAUAUUGUGCCUAUGACAGCCUUUGGAAUAUAUCAUUUUCGCUUUUUAAAUCUCUUCUAUAUCUGGAUAGUAUUCAUAUGACUCAUGCUCAAGUACCAAGGUUUUGCUAUAAAAGUUUUGUCUGUAGGAAUAAUGUCGUGGCUUUAGUAAAUACCGUUUUUGAAACGUAAACUUAUUCUGAAAUAAAGUACAAUUCUAAUUGUUUAAACACUGUGAUGAAACCUGGGGUAACUUUUUCUGGAGGGGUGAAGAUAGCACUCAUUUGCCCUUGCUCGUAAUCAGCUUCAGCAAACAUAGCUGAGCCUCCCAUGGCUGAAUUAAGAUUUCUCCAGCAUGGCAACAACUUCCCUGAAGGAUGUCUUCUUCAAGGUGGAUAGCAGUAAAGCCACUUGUAGGUGGAAUGCCAGAAUCUAGUUCUAUAGUUGAGACCUCUUUACUCACAGAAUCCCCUACAUAGAUGCCUGUCAAUGUAAGCAUCCCCGAAAAUAAAUGAUUUUAUAA